CCACAGGUGAAUGAUUUCGUCGAACAAAAUCUCGAUAUUUUGAGACGCAGUAAUGCCUGUACAACGAGAAAUAUGUCGUUCUUCUGCCCCUCAUUUGGAAUGUCCGGCUUGUUUUGCAAGGUAAAGAUUAUGCUGGUCUUUUAUGUUCCCCUUUGUUUUCCUGAUCCACAACAAAAGAUAUUGAUCGAUUGGAUUGCAUUCAUGCAUAAUCAGCUAUCCGUCCGUCUGGUAAUUUCUUAUUAUACGUACGUCUUCAUUUAAAUAUUUGACUUUUCUUCUUGCUACAAGCUUAAUAUUGAAGGGUAUUUAAUUUAUGAAAGAGAGAACAAACGUAUGAGCACGAAACAAUUUAGGAUCUCUCAUCAUUCCCGGUUUUGAAAACAUUGCUUCUGGUUACCGUGCCUCACUGUGACGAACAUUAAUACCUGAUCCAUUCUAUAAAAGUUUGAUUUACGGAAUUUUUACGUUUUCCUCGCGUUUUACAGAUGCAUAUUCUUGUACACAGGUGUCUAUUUGUGGCCUCUGACUUGAUUUUUGAUCGCUCAGCUGGGAUCUCUUCCCAACGAUUACUGAAAACAAAGCCUAUUGUUGGCUACUUUUGCUUUUGAAACCUUUUAGUUUGCAAUUUCGCUUUUCAAAGUAAAUAAUACAUGUACAAGUAUGUGUUCAAUUUACUCGUCGUCUUUGACAAAGCAUUCACUUGUUAGUGAGUGACUCAGAAAGUGGCUUGCGUGACUUCAACGUGACAACUGACGCGUAAAAAAAACAACUCAUGACAACUGAAUUUAUCUUGUGAAGUACCCGUUUUAUUUUGGAGAUGAACAAAAGCUCUUUUUCGCCUUUUGACAGAGGGUAGGUUUUUCUGAGACGCUUGCAAACCUUUUUAAAUUUGACGUUAAGUGCAUGUAUACUGUUAAUGUGACGACUCUGCCGGCCUUGUACAUUACCAGACGUUUGGGGAGUUAAUCCGCUUUUCGACCAGAGAAGACGAAUUGCCUUGGCACCGUAAAGAGAAUUUAGGGCAACUAAGAGCUAGCCGUUUGCUUUUUUGGCUCAGUGGUGUGCUCGAACGGAAAAACCGCGAACCUAAGUUCAUUAAUGGGUCACAACAUUUAUCGGGAACAGUUCUAUGAAAGCAUAUGCAUGGCGUUUAUUAUAAAAAUUGUCUUCAUAUUGUGCCUUAACAUGCAAGACUUAUAAAAAUUGUUUUCUUAAGGGCAGAUAGAAAUCUGGUGAUCCAAAGAUUUCCUUAACCGCGUUCUAAGUUAAACUUCGUUUAAAUAACCGACCCUUAGUUUUUGCUUGCCAACCGAUCGAAUCGAACGAUGAUUGAUUGGCCAAAACGCAAACAGAACACCAGUAUAUCUUAAUGUGAAGACCCUCAUUUUUAUCAAGGCCUUUUUUUAAUCAUUGACCAAUGUCAGAGAAACACUAGUAGCAAUAUUUUAUUCCAUGUUGUGCCUUUUUAGACUUGUUCCUGAGAAUGGGCAGGUGCUAUGUAGUGGUUUGUACAAUGGCACAUGCAAGAGUUGUAGCAAAGAUGUGACAUUUUGGUCUGUCCCAUCCCCUGUCAGUGAGAUCACCUUUACUGUGAAUGGUACACAGUACACUGUAACCAAUCCUGAUCCUGGCAUGAGUCUUAAUGAGUGGCUAAGAGAUCAGCCAGGACUGCAAGGUAGGUUAAUUACUCACAAGGUUUAAGAAAACUAAUGUAUCAUGUAUACAGAGUUAACUUGUUCAAGCUGUUAACGGUAUGCUUGUUAUGAAACAAAUUAGCCUGCAGAGCAUGGCGGUUUUGGUUGGGCGCACUAAGUAAUAGAGGUGGGCGAGGGCAGAGAAACCGCGAGGAGAUUGAGGCGGGAGCAACUUGGAAAAACCGCCUGCAUGAACGGGGGGCUUUUUUGAGUCAGUCUGUAUGCCAACGUACGGAUCAUUCUGAUUGGUUCAGAAUAUGUUCGCCCGUCAAUGAAAUAUUUUGGUAGUCUCCCAUGGGAGAGUUUUGAGGGACUGAACAAAUCGUCUCUGCAAAACAAAAUCAAAAUAUCAAAGAAGCGUUGACCGGAGCGUCGUCGAUCUUGAAUAUUUGACGGGAAAACAGGGCAAUUGUAUUGAAGCCUAAACAGGAAAUGGCCAUUUACAGUCUUCUUCAAAGGAGAGAUGUCAUGGAAAGUUUUGGUAAGAGCAUGAUCUUUACUGUCUUUGCUAAGGACAAAGAAGAAAUAUCCUCAUCAAAAACCUGUAUAUAUGAUCACAAUCUCCCCUCUAAAAGUACUAUAGAUGACCAGAUAUCGGAAAUGUUGUCGCUGAGCUGUACAGCAAUGAACCUUAUGACAGAAACAGUAAAUUUCAGUGCUUCGAGAAAGUCCACCUCAAUUUUCUCUAUUACUCGGUGUUAGAGAAUGAUGCACUCCAGCACACUACAUCGAACGGUGUCCACGAUUGUGGUUGAUGAAUCGCAUACAGUAGAGGAAAGACACACAGCGUAAUUCUCCAUACUUGGUGUAGCUUAAGUUUAAGAUACAACUCAAAUCUGAAGAUCGCGCUAUACGUAAAAAUACAACAUCCUGCAAACAACACUUAAAAAGCCAGGCCCAGCGUCGAAAGAUUCACGGACAAAGAAACUACAAACCAAGGCUCCUUGGUUUGUAGUUAUCCAGAUCCACUGGCAUUUUAGGCGGAAAAGACCAAAGAAGCUAAAAUAUUUAUUUAGCCAUAAUAAAAAGCUUUAGGCUUUAAGAGUGGUCAAAGAAAUUAGUACUUUACAACUGCAUCUGAUAUCAACAAAUUCUAAUCAGCAACACGUACAGAAGCAUUAACCACAGGAAAUAAUUACUCAAUAUGGAUGAAAGAAACCAACUUCAUGACUUCUAAAUAGAUGUAAGACUUAUAGUGCAGCAAAAUUAAGAUCUACUCAGUCAAGUUUAGAACGCAGUGUAGUCACCUAUGUGUGAGAUAGCAACAAAGAAAAAAACCUGUGUUUGUUCAAGCAAACUCCAAUUCCGGCCAAGGUCAAGUUUUACAUUAUAUCACGAGCUUUUGUGUCGUGUUUAGGCUGUCAACACUUUAUUUCUGAUUGGCUGGGAAAACAGGGCAGCAGCAGCAGGGCAGGCGGUUUUUAUUUUUCUUGUGGCUUCGCCGCUUGUUCUCAUGUGCUUCGCACGCGAAUAUCGCGGCUUCGCUGCUCAAUGCGCUCGGCUCGACAAAACCACCAUGCUAUGCAGGCUGCAAACAAAUCUACAAAUAAUUACGCUAACAGUAUCCUGGAGUCUCUCAGAUAUGGUACCAAUCUCCUGUUCUCCCAUAUUACUCACAAGGUUUAAGAAAAAUUGUGUCAUGUAUACAGAAUUAAGUUAUUCAAGCUGCAACCUGUUAAUGGUAGCUUGUUAUGAAACAAAUGUACAAAUGAUUAUGCCAACAGUAUAAUAAUAAUUAAUAAUAAUAAUAAAUGCAAUCAAAAACUCUUGAGUCAAUACAAAACAGAAUUAUCUGUCUCUGAUAUUAAAAAGAAACAAUUUAAACUAGAAUAAAAUCUCGUAUUCCUAAAUUCCUAAUUCUUUUUAAAAAAGUUCCAAAAAGAAAAAAGAUUAAUUCAGGCAGGCUCUAAUAUUUUCGAUCUGUCAUCUUCUGGAUCUUGAGCCUCUCAAGCAUAGUAUCGCAUAAUAAUAAUAAUAAUAAUAAUAAUAAUAAUAAUAAUAAUAACCUAUUUAACUAGGGUAAACCUGUCAGCUGAAGCUGCUAUAACUGGGUGCCCUUGUCAACUAAAAAAUUAACAAUUAAAGGAAAAAAUAAGUAUAACAGAUCAACUAUCAGAAAAAUAUAAGAACUAUGUACAAAUAUGUCGAUGGAUAAAAACUACAAAUUAUACAACUACGUAAAUUAAGACUCUAAAAAACUCCAAAAGAUUUUCCAGAACUCUUAAAAAUAAUAUCAUUAAACUGUGUUUUAAAAAUCAUCAUAGUCAACUUCCUUCAGAUGCGGUGGCAAGUUAUUGAAAGCCUGGGCUCCAGUAUAAAAUGUUCCUUUCUUGGCAGAUUUUGUAUGGACUUUAGGAAUGAAAAUGUCUAAACCAUUACACCGAUUAUGGAGACACUUAAAAACAAAAGUAAAAUUGUGCAUAGUAGAACAUGCCUUUAAAGGGACUUCCAACUUAAUUGGCAUAACACUUGAUGGUGACCACGCAGGGAUCCAUAUUCCGAGUUGUCCAGUAGUCCCAGAUGACUACAAUCUCGUAUGGACAAUUAAGGUAACUUCAAAAGUCACCCUUCGGACGAGUGAGGUUUUGCUUAACCACAAAAUCUUUUAAAAAAUUCUUGUAUGAUUUUUAUGCAUUUUCCCUGUGUUCUGAUUACUUCUCUGGUACACUUAAAACUUUUAGAAUAGUGAAGAAUAACAAGCAGCUUUUGUCUGCAAUAACAUUGCCCAGCUGACGACUCUGAGAAAAAGUGAAUAUGUUUGGGCACCAUCUUUUUCCCUUCUAUAUUUGAUGGUGCAGUAUUUGUCACGCUUACAUUUGCUUUGUCAUAAAAUAUUGUAAUAAAUUUUGUUGGUCUGUACCUCAUGUAAAACUAUAGAAAAAGAAUGUUCUCAGCCAUUUCCAUGUCAUAAUUUGGGGGGAGGUGGCCAGGGGGUAGGGGCGGUGGUAUGCAAAAGAGGAAGUUUCCAGAUUUUUGAUCUCCAGACUGUUGUGCUAUUAAAUUUAAGUUAUUUCAGCAGAGUUAAUAAAGAUGAAUGAAAUUUGGAUGAAAAUUAUGACAAUUUAGACACUCGCUGGUCAUUAAUAAUAUUUAGGGCUAACAUUGAUAGCAAGCUAUCAAAGGAUCCUUUGUAAUCUUGCUGAAUUGACCACCCUGGGCAAUACAUGCAUAAUUCAGGCAUGGGAUCCACACCAGUUUUUAAUCCUCUUUUCUAUGGAAAUUGGUCAGAUUUUUCAUAAUAAAUGUAUCUUAAAAAUGUUUUGGACUCACCUUGCUUCAUAUCCACUUUACCAUGGAAAUUGACCAUGAUGAAAUAAUAUGAUGAUUUGUAAAGCUUCAUCCGAGGAGAAUAGAACUGUCCAAUAUCCUGUGUGAAUGACUAGGAAACUCAGGAAAGGGGACUUCAUGGAGGGAGACCUGGAGAUAAGGACGGGGGGUGGGGGAAGGGGGCGGUCUAAAGAAAAAUUCCUGUUGACCACAUUCAUUCCAUUUUUGUCUACAAGUAACUCGGGGGGCUGGGUCCCUCCCCUGCAUCCGCCACUGAUAAUGCUUUUUUAUAUAACUUGUAGGAACAAAAGUAAUGUGCCGUGAGGGAGGUUGUGGCUGCUGUGUGGUGUCAGUAACAAGGAAUGAUCUGAGCACUGGCAAAGAUGCUACUAUUGCUGUUAACUCGGUGAGAGAUUUCUUUAAUAAUUUCCAAUGAUUGUUAGAACAAGACUGAACAAAAUUUUAUACUCUGUAUCUCUUUCAUAUGCUAUGUCCUUUGCCCUAUUAUUGAAAGAGAAUUUCUUCUUGGGAUGGGUAUUAUCUUAUAGGAUUCUGUUGAGCAAAAUUGGCAUUUUAGCAGGUAAAUCAUUCGUUGAUGUCGAUUUCACCCUUCAAACAAAUAGGGCUUAAGUCAACACUAAGUUAGCAAAAUGUCCAUAAUCCAUUCUGUAAAACUGUGAUAGCAGUCAGAUCAGUGACAGUGAGUGAGAUUGUCACAAACAGGAAAACCUUGGCUACAUGUAUGUAACAAAUUUAAUCAUGUUUUUUCUAUCAUACUAGUGCCUCUUUCCACUUUGUGGAGCCAAUGGAGCAACUGUGACUACAGUCGAAGGUAUUGGAAAGUAAGUCUGGUUUAAAACUUUUCCUUCAUGCUUUGGGAAACAAUUAGCGAUAAAUUCGGAAAUCUAGAAGAUUGUAUACGUUUAAUGCAAAUAAUCUCCCAUCAUCUGGUUCUUUUUAAAUUUUUGUGUUGAUAAUAAAUUAUUAUUGUGGAAACGUCGAGACCCCUAAACAGUGUAUGUUUCUUUUUGGGAUAUUUUUACCUGUACCGUCAAGCGGUGCCAUCAGCUGUUUAUAAACUGGGACUGAUGCUAUCAAUGUUAUAUUGAGUAAUUUCAGAGCCAGCCUGCUUAUUGCUAUUGGUUUCCAGUGCUGGAUCCAUACCCUCAGAUAGGGGUGGGGUUGGGGGGGGGAUAGAUAAGUGGGGGGCCCGGUUUCCAAAAACAUUUUUGUCAGCCCUUCAGGCACCAGUUUGGUUUUAAAAUAAUGGGAGGGGUGGGCCUUCUCGGGCCCCUCCCCUGGAUCAGCACUGGUUUCCUCUUUGUCAUUAGAAAGGCUAUUUUUCUAUACGCACUAGUGCUUUGUCAAUUCUACAGUAUUAGAGAAAAAAAGGGAUAUUGCUAGAAGUCUAACUUUUAAUCUCUUAGUGUAAUGUUAUGAGAAGUUGAUGUUAAUAAUAUUGCCCCUUCACUGAUUCAUGCGCUACACGACUUGUAGCGCGCGACGCAUUCUUGGCGGGCUGAAAAGAGGAUAUGUCUGGUAACUAAUACUUUUUAGCGGUAAUGGAUGGAUAUCAACUUUUUUGCAGUCGAUUUGAUGGAUACCACCCAAUCCAAGAACGACUUGCGGAUCAUAAUGGAAGCCAGUGUGGCUAUUGUUCACCAGGAUUUGUCAUGAACAUGUAUAGGUAUGUACCCUAUCUAUUACAUUAAUAAUCAAAGUACAAGGCCCAGAAGGCCAGCACCAUGACACAGGACAACCAAUAGGGAUUCACGUUCUGUAGAAGUAGAAUAAGGCAUGUAAUCUGUAAUUACCGAGCUCAGAAAUGUGUGGGUAACCUAUCGGUCCACUAGAUAACUGAAACUAUCAAAUGAGCGUUUACUUAAUAGUCUUCAUUAGUAAUCGGAUCUGUUUAUGAUGAUGAAACAAGCUUUGAAGGAAUUUAAUCGCCGUCAAGAGUGUCCAUAAUUUCUGACACCUGCGACAUAAAACACAGGACCCUGUAAACUGACAGGUCGUAUUCCUUUUUUAAAGCAGGAUUUCAAAGGUGUUUUUUGUCAAAGGUUUAUCACUGUUUUUCCUCAUAAUCGAGGGAAAAGCGUCAUCGAUUUGUAAUUGGUAUUUCAUUUCUGUUUCAGUUUGUUGAAGGAGAAUCCUAGUCCGACCAAACAACAAAUUGAAGACAGUUUUGGUGGGAAUAUUUGUCGCUGCACAGGUAGUAAUAUGAAAUGAAGAUAUGCUUUGGUUUUUAGUGUGGUUUUUAAUGGUUGACCAUAGUGGCUGGAAAUUUCAAUGAAGAUACGAUCGUCGUGGUGAGAAUAGCAUUUUAAGCAAUUGCAAAUUAACCCGAAAAAAUGUCGGAAAUUCAACGGUAUUGGAACCCAUGGUCUUUGCGUUAGCGCUGCAGUGCUCUACCAACUGAGCUAUGAAGACCCAUACAUCGUCGGGAGCAGGCUAAUUUGCUGAGUUCAUCUUAAUUCGUACCCUAGGUACCAGAGGUUUUUGUCUUGCGUGCGGCGGGAAUUUUCGGUGUUGGCCGAAUGAAGCCCGACAUAUCUUCGGCCCUACACUGUAGGCCUAAGCCACGAGCGGCGAAGUCGCGAGAAAAAAAGGGCGGGUCACUAUAAAGACUUGACAGAAACCGGAAACUGCGCUAUAGAAGAGUCUCUGGCGUCCAGGGUACUUAAUCCGUGAAAGGAAUGAAACAUUGACUGAAGAUGAUGUGAACUGCGGAAAUACGAAUGUAAAUGAAGAUAUGAUCGUUACAGUGGUAAUUUCAAUUUAGGCAAUUAUAAAUUAACCCGAAAAAAUUUUUAACUUUAACUUAACAGGAUUGAAAUGUUCUUCUGUCGUUUUCUAGUUUCGAUAUUACUAACGCGGUGUCCCUUUUCACCAAUUUAAAUUGGAUUGUGCUAUCAAAAAUCGGUAACCAAUCUGUGAUUAACCGCUUUAAAACCGAACCAUUUCAUUCUGGAGGUGCGCCGCUUGGUUGGUGAUCUGUGAGUCUGUUCCCGUAUUUUGUGUUCCAUUUGGACUAGUUGGUAUUCCAUGUGAAUCCAAACUGUCUAUAUUACCUAAGAUGGAAAAUGGACUGGCUACUAACAGAACUCCCCCGACUUUGCACAUGGGCCGCGAUUUCAAGCUAGACCAACGCUGGACCAAUCAGCUUUUCUUUUGGGCCUUGUUUUAACGGUGGAGCUGUCCCUUUUUUCCGCUGGACAUACAACGCUAGAAAGGGCAGGGGUACCUUUCUCUUAUUUAUUUAAUAUUUUACUGGCAGGUUAUCGACCGAUUUUAGAUGCCAUGAAGACAUUUGCAAAAUCCUCAGAUCCGAUAGAUAUUGAGGUAUAUAAAGUUAUCUUAUUUGUAGUUCAAUUUUUAUCGUAAGUAAUACUUGCUCAAGUUGUAUGGUGGAAACUGACAAGAAAAUGACGACUCAAACCUCGAUAGAAGUUCUCUGAAAAGUCGAAGACAAGACUCAAUUGCGGCUUAGUUAACGCCCUUUUUGAUCCCCUAGAAAUCUGGCCCCAGUUGUGGGCCAGCGAAUCAGUCAGUAGUAGAAAAAAAAAACAGUUGCUUUGUCCACUGGACAAAUCAGAUAGCGUUAUCAGGCACCUUUUGAGCAAUUGGGACCAGUAAUAGUUAGGAGUAGGACAUAUUUACACACCCGCAAUAUAUUAACCUGUAGACUACCCCCAUUCCCUUGAGCUAGCGGUUACAAGAGAGGUUAAGCAUCGACGACGGCGAUGGCAUCGAAAACGUCACUUAUAAAAUGAAUCUGCGUUUUUUCAAACUUUGUCGCGUUUAUUCCAACAGAAAAUGUCGAAUGUAGGCGAAUUUCCCUGGAGUUGAUUUCUUGGGGACCGGACUCAAGUUUAGAAAGAGAAAGAAAAGGUCGUCGUCGCCUUCAUGUUCUUCAUAAAACGUGAAAUUAGGCAUUUUCACGUCGUAGUUUUUCAGUUACGGCAACGAAAUGUACAACAAAGUGUGAUGCACGUGCAAAGUGUUUGUUUUGCUAAUCAAACAUAUUGCUUUUUUGCCGUCCGCGUUGCCGUUGCCGUCGUCGUGGUCGUUGCUAAAGCUCUCUACUAAAUCCGCCGAGCUCAGUUUUAUUUCCAAACGCGAGCUCGAAGAUCACCAAAGAGAAAAUAGAGGGUCUGUGAACAGGCUACCUGAAUAUUACCUGGGUCGCUGUAAACUGUCUUGGUAGGAAAUAGCAAGGUGUCCAGGUUCUUGCUGCAAUGGAGAGAUGCAGUGUUCAAGAAAGUGUGUGACAUCACCUGGCGAUCAGAUUGACAGCUUAAUUUGGUACUGUCCAACAUCCAAGUCUGAUUUGUAUGCAUUGAUGACUAAAUAUAAGAGCGAUAAGAUCAGGCUGGUAGCUGGAAAUACUGGAAAAGGUAUGUGUAUGUAGUUUUGAAGUGAUGAAUAUAUGAAUGUCAUAUAUUUGAUACGCAGACUGAAGAAAUAAACGCAGAGAAGAUCAUCGCAGUUUAAGCUCUUUUCCACAAGAAUUCGGACCUUUUUUUUUUCUACUGCGGAUUUGUGAAACGGGGCCUUAAACCGUUCUGGAGAGCGGAAACCAAACAGUGCGGUUUUGAUGAGCGGAUUCACUAGGGAGCUUAAGCAACAACAACGACGACGGCAGUGAAAAUAUCUUCGCGUGUAUUUGUAGCCUGCGUAGCAAGCGUUUCUGUGCGGUUUAGGAGCAAAGAACGAGGAACAAGAGUCAAAGACCCCCCUUUCAUUUUUUGGUUCUCACGCGAUCAAAACCGAAAAUCCACGUCUAUUUUUUGGAAAACCGCUCAGUUCAGUUCGUCAAUUGUAGGCGACUUUUCCUGGAGUUGAAUUUUUAAGGUAUUAAUCCAUGUUCAAAUGGAGAAAGGAGAAUUUGUCGUCGUCAGUGUCUACGUCCUCCAUGAAACGUCGCAUUGGGAGGUUACACCUCGUGGUCGUGCAAUGGACGUCAAAGAUAAUUCAAAUGUACUAAAAAGCUUGAUGGACGUGCAGAGCAGUUGUUUUGCUGAUAAAACCAAUUUUUUGUUUGACGUUGUCGUUGUGGUCCUCAUCGUAGUUGCUUAAGCUCCCUAAGUACCGCUUUCGCGUGGACGGAGAGUUGCCUAGUCCCUAGGCCUCAUUAUUCCGCGCGGCUAAAGCGUUUCGGGUUACGUGGUCCAAGCGCAAAUGUGAGGCGUUUCCCGCCCGUUCCCUUCGGAUACGUCACCCAAGUGAAUUGACCAAGAGGGACUGGGAAAACGCUGUAUUCAUGUAAAAUGUAUGGGUUUUCAAAAAUAUCCGGAUUCGUAUGAACGCAGCCUAAACAGCAACGUUUGCAGUUGCGAAAGGAAAGCCAGGAAAAAUUAUGUUUAGUAUGAAUAGAGUUAUGAAAUAAACAAAUCAUUUAGACGAUUUCUGGGAAGGUUUAGAAUAAAACGAAAGGAGAUAAAUUUUAAGCUUUUUAUUACGUUUUGUGCAGGUAUUUACAAGAAGGAUGGCCCUUUCGAUGUCCUGAUUGACAUCAGUCAAAUUAAAGAACUGCACACCAUUCCAAGUAGAAAUGAGGUUUGUAUUUACAACAUUUCUUUACGCAACUGAAAAUCUCUCUUUUGAAUUAUCUGUAAAGCAUUUUGUAUGUCGGAAUCCUGGUUUGCAAUUCCGAGGCCGACCGUCAUUUGUUUUACAGUGCGGAUGUAUGUACUUUGUAGUUUAGUUGAUAAUCGUACGCCUUUUUGUUUGACACAAGUUUGAUUGCAGAAAAUGUUGCAGUAUAUUUACUUUGGUACCGUACCUGACAGUAUCAGGCCGGAAACCAAUUCCCCCAUAUGGCUAUGAGUUUCCUUAAGCUGCAACGUUCUUUGUUUUCAUUGUAGGCACCAAAUGGUAGUGUUGUAGUCGGCGCUUGCGUGCCCUUGAACACUUUCAUAGAUGUGCUGGAUCACAUAGCCAGCGCAUGGGAAGGUUAUAAAGUGAUCGCUGACCAUAUACGAAAGGUAAGUGCCGGAACACAUAGUAAUCAGUAUCACAGAAAAAUUCAGGAAAAAAAUCCUAAGUCAGGAAAAAAUCGGGGUCAAGACAGUGAAAAGUGGGAAUUUUAUUUUGAGAUUGUCACAGAAGGAUUCGUGAAGUUUAUGAACGAAAUUUGAUACGGUACAACUGUAGUAUGAUUAUUUUUGCUACUCAGAGUCCUGUAAGAAAAACUAGAUUUUUUGGAGCAGUGAAAGAAUUGUGACAUGUCUGCUUAGUGAAAACCUUUCUUCUCCUCAAAGAGUGACGACUCUGUUAACGUAUUUUCUCCCAAAAUAAGCAUAGUGUGACUCACAUCAUCUGAAUCACCACCCUUCCUACCCGCACCCCCCUACGUACACACAGGCACGCAAAAAUCACGUUACGUGACAGGGUAGGACAGUUAAGUAUGGGUCAGCAACAGCUGCUAACAAAGGUUUUUAUACAGUUGUGCUAGAGCUUGAGUUGUUUGUUAUCUUUCACAGGUGGCAAAUGUUCCGGUCAGAAACGUGAGUUGUAUACCUUGAUACAAUUUCUAAGCUCCCCUUCUCACUCCUGAUAGUGGCCAAAGAAAAAUUCACAAAAAAAUCAAAUUUUUGGUUGUAAAAUCCAAAGAAAAAUAGGCACCAAGUUAAAGAUCUGCCAAAGAGGUUCCAUCUGAAUGGUAACAUCCCUGCACAGGGUUUCGCCCGCAAAAUGAACUAAGGUCCCUUCCUCACGAAUCCGGGCAGGCUGAAGCUGCAUACGUAAUUAAAUUCGAUAAUAUCCAGUUUCAAUCAUGAAUGCGAAUUCCCGGGAUCAAGAAGGUGCGAUUUCGGUGAGUGGAUACACUGGUUUCGUGUGGACUAACGGCCGAUUCUUGUAAAAACAAAUAUGAGGUUAAAAAAUAUCCAGAUUCUUGUUAAUAUCGACUACCCAGCACUUGAAAACCGUAUUUAUAAUAUACCGCAUCAAAUGUUUCACCUUCUUCCCCUGUUAUACAGUUUUAUGAAAACCUACGUUACUGCCUUUUUUCACUCAGGUUAUGCAAAACGACUUGAGAAAUUCCUACCAAGUAGGCAGCUAUUUUUCAAUUCGUUCGCCCAAACCUUAAUUACUAGUCCCAAUCUUUCUUUCGAAACAUUUUUUUAGGUUGGCAGUAUUGCUGGAAACUUAAUGUUGCUUCACGAUCACCCUGGCUUUCAGUCAGACAUCGCUCUUCUUCUUGAAACCAUUGGGGCCUCACUGAUCGUUGGUAAGACUUCAUGUUACACGAGACGCCGUUCAUGGUAUUUAGUUAGGGCCUGUUUACAUGGAGGUGUGGUACUCCAGGUAGGUAACUCGCUUAUCCACAUAAUCUCUCAUUUUAAUUUGAUCACCUUUACAAGAUAGGUGGGGCGACCAUAUGAGAGAUUAUAUGGACAGGCGGGUUACCCCACCUAAGGAGGUUACCUCACCUACCUGGGGUUUCCCACCUCCAUGUAAACAGGCCCUUACAACUAGGCAAUUAACAUGGCUUUAUCUCUUUAGGUGACAGCUAUUCAAGCACAGAAGCUGAAUACACUCUGUCAGCGUUCAACAAGUUAGACAUGACUGGCAAGGUUCGAUUGUCUUCCAAGUUGUUAAAGAUGUAGCGUCCAUACCUACUGUCGAAAUUUUAAACCUACUUAGUUUAACUACAAAUUGUGUUCGUGUUUCAGGUUAUCUUAGCAGUUUUGUUGCCCGUGUAUACGAAGGACUGUGUCAUGCGUUCCUACAAAGUUAUGCCAAGAGCUCAGGUACCACAAUUUUUAAGACCCGUUGUCCUUGAAGGCAUUCUACGCAAUACUUAGUUUUAAUUACUGUGGAAAAUACGCGUGGAGUAGAUAUCCGCUCUUUAGUGUUCAUAUGUGAGUCCUCUCUGGAGCUAAAUGACUGUACAUUAGCUCUGAAGUGCAUUCGGCUAGCCAAUCAAAGCAUAGGAUUCGCAUUAUAUUUCUCCCUUUCUAACAAUCAUGGUUUAUACCCUAGAAAUGGGCCUGAGCUUAGAUUGAACUGGUCGCUCAAGCAAAGCUCGGGCCAGUUUGACUGAACAAGAAGUCUUGGAAGAAAACUUAAAUACCAAACCCUUUUAAUUAACUCACUUGUAGUUAUUUGUAGUUUUCAUAACGGAAGUCUAAUAUCCAAGACAAAUACAUGUUCAACAUUUGUGUUAUUCCCUGAGAAACAGUAGGUCUGGGGCUUUGCUUUGUGCUCAUAGUCCGUGAUGGAAGUCUACUUCCCGUCCAUCCAAAACAUUUAUAAAAUCAAAGCGACAAGAGUACAAAUCCAUCAGUAACCAUGGACGUUGGUUGAUUAGUAAAAACACUUUUGUCUAGGUCCACAAGCUUGCCAAAACACAUGACCAAUAAUUUCCAUAUAAGACGUGCCCUACAAAGAACAAGUUUCUAUUGCUUGAGUUUUGUUUAUUUCUGAAUUUUUAGAAUGCCCACGCCUAUGUGAAUGCGGGAUUUAUUGCUCAGGUGGACUCUUCGACCAUGACUGUAAAGCUUGCCAGCCUUGUCUUAGGUGGUAUAGGGCAAUAUCCAGUAAGUACUUUUUCUAAGUGGCUCAUUUAAAUGGAUGCCUAUAACGUACACAGUGUAUUGACAUGGAGAGAUCUCUUUGUAGAUUAUUUAAAAAAACAUCCUUUUGUGCCAGCUUUCCUCCUUUGCAGCCAGUGGCUGAAUUGCGGAGGAACCAGAGAGGUGAGACCGGACGUCAGCAUGUUAAGGCGCACUCUUGCAGCCAUAUCAGUCCUUGUUUUGAUCACACCUCGCCCACCCAGACCGAUGACGGCACAAUUCAGAUAGACCAUGACAUCGGGGCCUAUGUCUCCUACUCUUUUCGAACGCUGUCACGGGUUCUUUUACGUCCCCUUCCAAAUGAAGUACAAGGAUGAAGGAAACAAGGCCAACGGCUUAACGUCACCGCCAAAUGACGCGAUCAUCUGAACCAAGAAAGGGGUUUCACAGCUUGCAUGAUCUCACCAGUUUUUUUUAAAGACCUUGGUUGAUGGUCCGGCCGCUGUUUGAGCUCACGACUUCCCACUCAGCAGACCGGCGCUCUUCCAACUGAGCUAACCGGGCGGCGAUCAUGAUUGGAUCAUAUCAUUUAAUGCUUUAAAAAAGUCGGGGAGCAGUGAUGAGAGCACUCGCCUCCCACCAAAGUUGCCCGGUUUCAAAUCCCGUCGUCGACGCCAUAUGUGGGUUGAGUUUGUUGUUGGUUCUCUUCUUUGCUCCAAGAGGUUUUUCUCUGAGUUACUCCUGUUUUCCCCUCUCCUCAAAAACCAACAUUUCCAAAUUUAAAUUUGACCAGGAAUCAUGUUGACGAAGAACCAGACAGUGGAUUUGUUACCUCUCUAAAUCGUUUUUUAUUUAAAGGUGGACUCCUUUUAAAGGGAUUGUUGCUCUAUUUUGUUCUUUACUAAAGUUAGGAGCGUGCAGGCUUAAGGCUUAUUUUACUGUUUUACACUUGUACUAGCAGUAAUACUAGUUACUUGCACUAGUCAUUUCUCAAUGCUUUCUUACUUUUCUCACUACAGUAUCACGCCAAGAACACGGAGACAUUGUUAAAAAAUAAAGUCGUGACAGACCAGACCACUCUCAAAGGUGAUGAUACUUCUAUUUACCACGACUAGGUUACUCGAAAUAUGAUUAAGUUUAACCCAGGAUUAAGCUAAAGUUUUCGCUAAGUUUGUUUUGUCUAAAAGCAUGUAACUCGUGCUCAUAAGAUAUUGUUCAACCUUUACUCCAAUAUGCUACAAUUAUGGUAAGAUAAAAUGCCUCUCUAAACAUUACUAUAGGAUGAUAUUUAUAUGAACGCACAAAUAUUUCAGGAACAGGGCCUAGAUUCGUAUAGACAGAUAUUGCUUGACUAAUAGAUAAAAAGGAUUCCAUGGCAAGAUAUCUAAACACUUGCUUUGAUGUUUCCAGAUGCCUUGAAUUCUUUAGCUAAAGAAAUCAGUCCUAAUUCUUCCCCCCUCGGUCCAAGUGUGAAAUACCGAAAAUCAGUGGCACUUAGCUUGUUUUACAAGGUGAGUAACAAGUCGGCUUGAAAACACUGACAAGGCGGUAUUUGUGAUAAGUAGUAUUGGAUUUCGCUUAAAAUUAAAACUUGCUGCUGAUUUUGGUGAGCAGACUUGAAAUAGUCCUUUGUUGUUUUGCUUGAAACCAACUCUUUUUUUCCAGAUUCCACUGAGGCAUUUUCAUUUAACACAAUUUUCUUUUAAAUUCCAUUUUGAAAAUUGAGCUAUAUUCAUUGUUGUCUAGGAGCGUGGCGAAAAUUUUUCAAUGAGGUGAGAUGAGGGAAGGGGUAUACUGUGUGACACCCAGAGUAGUAUAGUGGAAACCGAUUAGAUCACUUUUUUGCGCGUGAAAUCUCAUUUGUUUGUGCGUGAAUGCAUUACAGUCAACUCUCUCCAAGACAGACACCUUUGGGACCGGCACUAGCUGUCCGUCUUAGAGAGAUGUCCGUCUUAUAGAGAGUCAAAUAGAGGGAGGAAAGAAAGGAAGGGACCAACACUAGGUGUCCGUUUUGCAGAGGUGUCCGUGUUAUAGAGGUGUUCGUUAAGAGGGAGUCGACUGUAGCGCCAUCGUAGCCUUUUGUAUUUAUCUCUGAACAGAAAUUUUUCAUCGGCGCUUGUGUUUUCCUGCCUGCACAAAAUUAACGAGUUUCCUACGUGAAAGAGGGGUCUAACCUGUCCAUGCUAUGCUACUAUCCUCGGUAUGUACCAACGAAGUCCAUACGGUAUUUUUUUUGAAAGUGACAUUUUUUCGGAUAAGCAGAGAAAUUGAGGAGAGUUACAAUCCUUAAAAAUAGCUGUAUAGAUGAGUCACGUGGCGAGAAGGACCAAAUAUGUUGUCUAUAUAAACCAAUUUUUGGAACGAUUGAUGAAAUACGACAAAUUUUUAACAAAGAAAGCUUUCAAGUGAUGGUUUUUGGCAAGCAGUUGGAUAGAAGUCGGCCGAGGCAACGGCAGUUAAUUGUACAAUCUUAGCGUGGAUCUUGGUUUAUAAAUUUUCUAGCGUUUCGCGGAAAAACGAAAAGCGAUCCCAGGAACCACAAUGUCCUCUCUUGUUACACCCCUGUUGAUUAUUUAUUUAAUGAGGGCCUGCCCUUAUGUUGAAUUGUAAUUAUUAUUAUUUGCAGUUCUAUUUGUCUCUUCUUGGAGACAAAGCCUCUGCAAGGGUGCGGUCAGCGGCAGAGCCUUUCAUUCGCCCUGUAUCGUCUGGUACUCAGAGCUAUGACUCCAAACCCGAAGAUUACCCGCUUACAAAACCUAUGACCAAACUUGCUGCCAAAGCACAGGUGAGAAAUGUUUAUUGUAUAAUGCCUUUUCCUUUCUAGCGACUCAUGUUUAGACUUGCGGUGUUUGCAGGUAUAAGCACAAACAGUAUUCAUUUAAGACGUUCUUUAGACUGGAACGUCACCACCUCUUAAAAGAAAAGACAUUUGCGGAAAUACAGCGGUCAUGAAUCAAAAUGUAGGAAAUUUGUCAACUCUCGACCAUCACCAUUCUCGCGUUAAAGAACGCGGACUAUACCUGUUAGCAAUUCGUGGUCCUCAGAAUUAGCGCAGAAGCAGCCAGUUGUUGCUGUCCUCUGCUAACAACUCCGUCUAUGAAGUUUAACCAUAAAAAUGUACUGUUACAAAAGAAGGUAUUAGUUUUUUUACUAACAAUUGCUGUUUUCAGACAUCUGGAGAGGCUCAGUACGUUUCUGAUAUUCCCACGCAAGGUGGCGAGCUGUGUGCUGCUUUUGUAGUGAGCACUCAGGUAAGAUUAAGACACAAACGUCUCCUAGAUACAUACAUACAUUUAAGCAUUACAUUUAACUAAUUACAUUACUCAACCUAGUACUAAUUACGACCCUUUUUAAACUUAGCUAAGAAGCAUUUCCAAAACGAAAAAAGCUGGUUCCUUAAGAGACGUUUAAAAAUUGAACAGAUGAGCUUAAUUUAAGAGAAGGUUCUAAAUUGUUCCAAAGCUAAAAAGGUCUUUGUCCGCAGGCUGUUCUGAAAAGAGGGCUGAAAAAGGUUCUUGACCAGUAAAAAGAGAUUCUGGGGCUAUUUCAAUUGUAUAUUAACUUAAUCCAAUCCAAAGCGUACAUUUCACAUACUAUGACCAAACGCUUAGUCAUCAAUGAUGACAAAACAAGAGGGAAAAGGGCUUUGCCGGCUGUCGUCUGCUCUCAAAAGCUGUCAUGUUUACUUUUUAUUCCUGUCUAGGAAUCGAAUGUUUGACUUCCUUUUGCUCGUGACAAAACGAAUCCGAAAUUUGCUUCUUUUUUUGUUGUUGUUUACUUUUUUUAGGUUACUUAUAUUGUAAAAUAUUUUUUACUCUUAGGGAAACUGCAAAAUAAACACUGUUGAUACAUCGCAAGCUUUGGUAAGGAAAAUGUGCAUAUUCCAUUUCAAAAAUUAAAUUCGGUUGCAUACAGACAUAUAAUUGUGAAUCUCAUUUUUUUAUUUGUUGCCUAGAAAAUGCCUGGCGUUUUACAGUAUAUUACAGCAUCAAACAUCCCUAAAGGAGGCGUGAACAAUUUUAUGCCCGCUGGAUAUGACCCAGAAGAGGUAAUAACGCAGGCUUAAGUCGAUAAUCAUUGUUUCGUUUUUGUAUAUUUGUUUAGUAAUGUUACCAUUAAACAGCUUUGCUUAAACUUGAAUCUGAUUCUCAGGUGGAAUCAAUCUUUUCUAAUCUAUUAUGAAACAUUCUCGAGUGUGGCCUAUUUCACUUUCUUUGUGGCCAAGUAUUUCUGUUACUAGAAAAGAAUCGCCUUUUGUUUUAUUAUUUGUUCUUAUCAUACUGAACCCAAGACAGGCUGAAGUAAUUCCUUUUUUAUCAGUAGCUGGUCGACAACACAUUAAUCCAUUAAUCCAAUUCCUUUCUGCUGCUGUAGCGUGGGCGAAUGUAUUGUCAUACUAGAGAGAUUAAGAUUCACGUUUACGGCAUACGACAAACGGCAAACGUCAGUUUAGAAUUUCUCAGAAUAGAAAAUAAGCAGGUAAAAACAGUCCAGAACGAUUCUUGUGGACAAAACUGGCAUAAAACUACUUUAUUUUUUGUGUAGAAGCAAUAAACAGUAAACGAAAAAUAAGGGGAAAACCUGGUUCUGAUUCACGUUUGCCGUUUGGCGUAAACAUGAAUCUUAAUCUCUCUACUGUAAGGAAAAAAACGGAUGUACUGAACAGCCUUUAUUUCUGCUAUUCUGAUGCAAAUUUUGAGAAAAAACGGAUUACUUUUGCCCUUUUGUGCCUUUUGUUUUUCCUGUUGCAUAAAUGUUCUCUCACUUUUUUUGCACAUAAUACAUUCAAUUUGUCGACCAGUUCCUGACUAAAUAUCAUUGUAGCAUAGCUUUUGUAAGUCGCACCUGAACUCUUUUAAAGGCUAAGAUGAAGUUGAUUUUGUUUACAACAGUUACUCUGCAGUGGAAAUGUUUUGUUUGCUGGUCAGGCUCUGGGACUGAUAAUUGCUGGUAAGUUACAUAAACACUCCUGAAGCUUCCUUUUCCAAAACUGAGUAUGAACUGAUCGGUCAGCUAUAAAUAAGGUAGUAGAAAGUAACUAAAUAGGUAAAGAGCAGUAAUGAAAGUAUCAUAACUGAUUCUGUCUUUAACCCAGAUUAGCUUCGGGCGCUUAACUAAAAUCAGUAUUGGCUGCCAGGUUGGUAAUUUUGAAUAUGAGGCAGGCUAUUUUUGAGAGUUUUCACUUGAAACGCUUCCUUGCAUACCUCUUAGUAACAGACAGAAGUUGCUGUACAGCUCUGAUUAGUAGUGGAAUUCGGUGGUGUGGAUUCAUGAAACUUCUCCCUUAAAAAGUCACAAUUUGUAGCAAUGUAAAACAGAAACGUUCGCUCAAACACCUUCGACAUUCACCGCACCACGUGUGUCAUAGCUUGUAUAGAGCGUUUUCACUCACAUGGCCAACAAAUAUGCAAAUUUAUGAGAACAAAAGAAAUUGUUCACUUUAGAAAAGAGUCCAACUCCCACAGGUUUUGUUUGGAACACCAACUUGGCCGCCGCUUCAUUGUUUUGGAACACCAAUAUGGCCGCCGUGACGUCAUGUGAAAACGCUCUAUACCCUCUCAUUUUUUUCGUUUUCUGUUGUUGUAUAUAUCAUUUAUUUAUUUUGCUUUGAAAAUCAAGUAUAACUGGUGUUGGAUACGUGCACUAUGUGGUGUAAAUGACAUUUCAAACUAAAGCUAGAAACUAGAAACAAUUGAACACUGCGAGAGCUGUGUGACGUAUCGCGUUACAUUAUAAUUCGUUUUAUUUUAUAUGUAGUGUGAUUUGACUUUAUUGUAUGAGCCUGCAAUCCUCGUGGUUGCAGUUUGUCGCCAUUUGUCGCCAUGUUUGUGUUAGUAAGAAAUUUGGUGAUUAAAGCCUAAUAUUCUCCAGGCAAACGUCUUCACAACACACUAAUAACCUCAAACGCGAAAUUUCAUCCUUACAAUCCAUUUGAACAUUUACUUGUACUAAUUACAAGUGGAAAUACGGAGUUCUGACAGCAUUUCAAUGUUUGCAGACACCCAGCGUCAUGCAGAUGAAGCUGCUAAAGCUGUGAAAGUAACUUACAAAGAACAGAAGCCUCUGAUUCUCACCAUAGAUGAAGCUAUUGCGGCUAAGUCAUUCUUCGAUCCCCAGGCUAAACCGCUGAAAAAAGGCGAUGCAGCCGGUAGGGUGCUUUCACCUUAAAAAUAUGUUGAUGAAGCGUUUUUUCUUUGUGUACUGUAUGCAUUGGUGUAGUCUGCGUGGUGGGUGUUCGAAAUAAUAGGAAAAGGAUAUUUGAGGCGCGAGGGAAUCGCAAGGGGUGCGCGAGGUAGGAGGGAGGGGAACCCUUCCCUCCUUCCUCGCGCGCUCCUCGGGCUUUCCUCGCGCUUAAAAUCUCCUCUCCCUUCCCUUUCGAACGCCUGUCACGUAGGCUAGCGGGGGUACUAGCCAACAAACCACGUUAUUGAUGUCUGUUAACUGAUAGUUCCAUCGUGUUAACAGCGAAACUUUUCAAACCUCGAUCUUGAAUGUAAUCAACAACAGCUUUCUGCGCCUGAUAAUUAUCGGGGCUUUCGAGAAAUGAGUCCCUGGCCCCGGUUUUUCAAACGUUGAAUGGCGCUCCCCAGCGGAUAAACCACUAAUUUAAACGUUUUAUCUUUGGUUAUCGUUUUCGAUAACUUAAUUCGAUAACUUAAUUCUACUUUUUCUUUCUUUCCUAAACUGUAACUUUAGAGCAAAUAAUCUUUAUCUCCCUAACAAAAUUCUAUGGUUGUUUCCUAACAGCUGCUAUUCAAAACUCACCGCAUGUCGUGCAGGGAUCCAUAUAUACUGGUCAUCAAUAUCACUUUCACAUGGAAACACAGGUGAGAAGACAUGAUAAAAAGAGAGAAAUAGUCAAGCUUGUUUGCAUGCACAGGAGCAAGUCUCCUUUAAGUUUUCUUUCCAGAUAUUGUGACUAGUACAGGCCCAAAUUGUAGAGGAAGAAAAAAACAGCAGGACUAGAAAAAGCAAUUUCAUAUAGUUCUUUUAUUCACUUAUCAGGUCUUAAAUUGAGGGUACAGUUUUACAAUACUUAUACUUACAAUACUGCCAUUUCUUUGUGGUCACUUUGUGGCCUGUGGCUAGUGAGUCUACUUAGUACUAAGGUAAACCCUCAAAAGUAUGACCAAUAACGGCUACCUGAAGUAACCGCAUAAGCUGGUAUCCAUCCCGUAUAAAUAAAGUGUCAUGAUGAGCCUGUGAUAUCAAUUCGUUGAGUGGUCGUAUCGUAUUAGCAACUGUUUUAUAAGAUUCAGUCAUUCAUUAUAUAUUACUUAUGACCGUUGUUCUCUAAAGGGACAACGUGGCUCAAAUCAAACGGCAAGAUAAAAGAUUUUGUCAUUGACGUUUGGUCCUUUGUUUGGCGAUAAAACAGGUAGCGUUGUGUGUUCUCCAAGAAGAUGGGAUGACUGUUCACUCGGCGACCCAGGGAGUAGAUUGCACACAGGCAGCUGUUGCACAGACCUUGAAUUUCCCGGUUCAGAGGUAUGGAUACUGAACUUCCUCCUGCUAGAACACCUCCCUAAUCAAGUCUAGUGAUCCGCUGAAAGAAUGACUAUCCCUGCUUUAUGACAGUAUUUAUUGUGAAAUAGACCUGUCCACAGUUUUUUCAACUUUUGACAUGGACUAGUCAGGGACAAUCCGUUGACAUCAAUGGAAAGAGCACCUUAAAAUCUGUAAAAUCGCCAAAUUUGAAAGCGAUGCGUCUUACGCGAGCGUAGAUAUAGCUUCGCAAAGUUGCGAAAAUUUACAGAAGUUUGUGUAUGUGCCCCCCACCAUACAAACGCCGUCUGUAAAAUUUCACGUCUUUGAAAAGCUAUAUCUUCGUUAGUUUUAACAAAUCACGCAGUUUUACUAAUUUUAAGGCGCUCUUUCCAGUAGCGUCGACGGAUUUUCCUUAACUUGUCCAUGUCAAAAGUUGAAAAAACCGUAAAAAGGUCUAUUCGACCGGGUCCAGCCAAUCUUCCCGCGUUAGACCGCGUUAUUUUUAAGCGUACAAAAGCGUAAUUUCUUUUAUUGUUUUUGUUUGUCUUUCCUUUGUUUGUAUCAAGUAUUAACAUGAGCGUGAAGAGGUGCGGGGGUGCAUAUGGAGCAAGAAUCACUAGAGCCAAUCAGAUCGCCACAGCUUGCGCUUUAGCUGCUUACGUCACUAAGAGGUAAAAUUCCAUAAAAGAGGGUCGUUCUUGUUGACCUUGUCGCCUUUGAUAUAAUUAGAUAUAAAUAUUGGGUUUUUACGGACGCAUACUAUUUAAUUCUACUCAUUGCUAGGUUAUGAGCGAACUAUUCGACAAGGUUUAGUUCUCCUAAGAAAAUUUUGAGAAACGUUUGAUCGCAUUCUUCUAAUUUCAGUUUCCGAUGACGACGAUGAUGAAAGUAGGGAGCUUAAAACGACGACUACGCUAAUGAAAACGUCACUAAAAAAAUGAAUUUGCGUUUCUUCAAACUUGAUCGCGUUUCUUUAGCUUCGCUCAAUAUGCCGAAUGAUGGGGAAUUUUCCUGGAGAUGAUUUCUUAAGCAUUGUAUCAAAGGAACAUUUUGUCGUCGUGUGUUCACGUCCUUUAUAACACGUCUCAUCAGGAAGUUUUAUCUCCUACUCGUGCAAUUGACUUUGAUGAAAUGUAUAAAAAAAUGUGUGAUGGACCUGCAGUGUUGUUGUUUUGCUUAUAGUCCAAUCGUCUUUUUUUUUUUUACGUUCUCGUUGCCGUCGACCUCAUGAUUCAUGAUGAUAACAAUGAUGAUGACGAUGGUUGUGAUGAUGAAUGGUUUGAAUUUUGUAAGUGCGAGAUUUGAUUUUUUCAUAGCUUCAAACCUACAAAUUGCGAUUAUUAUUUUAAUCACGUUUUCAGGCCAGUUCGCAUGCGGUUGGAUCUAAACACGAACAUGGAGUUGGUUGGAUUAAGAGAACCAUAUAAAGCAACUUACAAGGUAACCAAAAACCCGCGUAGAAACCAGUCUUAAAUUUGAUAAGAGAGCGGUGGCUUUCAUGUUACCAUUUCUAUCUUCUUCAGUUCUUUAAUUUGUCUGCUUAGUACUUCAUAUCCUGAAACGAUUUGAAAGACAGUUUAACGUCAGAUGCAGUUACGAGAUUUGAAACCGAAGAGACCGAAUAUCAGCACGUAAAUGCCAUAAUAAUCAAGCGUAAAAGCAAAACUGGGAAAGAAAACAAAGAAAACAAGUCGGCAGAGGUCGAAAGUGUGCUUAAAAAGCAGGGGUGUCGAUUUUCAUCUUGCCCAAUCCCGAUAAAUACUAGAUUUAUGUUAUUGAAAGGGGCAAUGCAGACCACUUGUUAAACCAAAUCGUGUUCCGGACAUUAGAGGGGUAAACAGCAUAUUUUGAGAGAAAUGAUUUUCUGCUACUGUUAUUUACAAAAUCGUUUUCCUGAUUUCACUGCAAGGCAAUUGAAAUCCUGCGAAAUGAUUGUUAGAAACUAUCUGAAACGUUUGUGCCGUUGUUGAUGGUACCUAAUUUACUCGUUUAUCAUUUACUGAUGUUGCAUUCCUUUUGUGUCCUUGAAUUACGAGCACCUAUCCCUGAUAAGCACACUAACCAUAGCUUGAGUAUUUGGUGUAGGUUGGAGUGGCAAAUGAUGGCAAACUGAAUGGUAUUGAUAUGAACCUAUAUGCAGAUUGUGGUUCCAGCCCCAAUGAUCUUGAUGUGGGUUAUGCUCAAACAUUGGCUGACAAUGGUAACUAGUAUUUUAUUAUAUACAUACUGACAUCUACUCACUGAAAACCUGUGACGUAAAUAUUUGCAUAGGCAAAUGAGUUCUAGCCAGUCAGAGGAGCGAAAAGAUACGUCUAAUCGGAAUCGCGAAAGAUGUUUUUUCACGUGUGAGAAAAAUGAUACGUCCAAUCAAAAGCCACAGAGGUGUGUGAGUUUCGCGUCAAAAUUCCCGCCUUUUAUAGGCGCUUGCAACUUGCAGCGCCCUCGCUUUGCGAGUUGCUUCGCAAACAUUCAACGAGAGGCGAUCGUAAAGUAGAGUUUUUAUCGCAGAAAAGAGAAAAACAUCUCGGAAAUUGGAUUGAAAUAGUUUUGUAUCUUUAUACAAAAAAACUGUACCUUCGAUGAAGAAAAUUGAAGAGAGCCGGCUAAACAACAACGAAAGUUGUAUCAGAAAUCUCACUUGUUCGCUGCGAUCUCUCGUUUGAUUUCUGAUGCAUCAACCACUCGUGCGUAAAUACCGUACGCGCACACUUUCCAUGAAAUAUUCUAUAUAUACUCAUCCUAACCUUCAGCACAUGGCAUUCUGGUGUGCACAUAUACCUGUUACCCAUAAACCUUUGUAACAGAAAAACCCCAUUAACAAGUGGACCACAAUUUCAUUGCACAAAAUAACACGCGCUUGAAAUUUCACCUUUCCAAUGUCCGUGCGCUCAUGCGAGCGAGAAUUUCCAGAGCUAAUGUAAGAAAGCAUAAUGUAGGAAUCAGAACUAUAAGAAACGGAAGUUUCACUCGAGUGCACUUUAUUUGAGUGUCAAAUUUAGCACGAAAGGAAUAAUUGGGGAGACUCUUUUUUAUGCCUCAUACUGGAGAAGAGACCCGCCAAUUUACGUUGUCAUGGCAGCUACGCUAAGGUCCAGCUGUUUGCAGGGCAAAGGAAGCACCUGCAUUUCUUAGUUAUUUUAAGACCCUAAGUAUUAGUCCGGUUCAGGAUUCGAACCCACAACCUUCCGCUCUGCAGCCAAGCGCUCUGCUGACUGAGCUAAUCCCAACUAACAUUGUUAAUCUUAGCUGUUUCGCGGGAACAUGUCUCACAUGAGCCUGGUAAAUGGCCGAGAUCACCUUGUUAGUAAUGGAGUUACGACCGUGCCAAAAUUUAGUAGCGUUGUAGAUGUUAUAGAUCGCAUCAGUUCCUAGGACGAAUGUGACGAGCAAACCGCGCGUAAAUUUUGGAAAGACCCUGUUUUAUUGUUUUCCACUUUUCUUGUGUCUGUUAACAUGUAUUUGAUAUCCUCUUGUAUUGUAGCUUACUUCUGUCCUAACUGGAAUAUCGUUCCUUACGCUACUCGCACUCACACACCAGGAAACACAUGGUGCCGCGCUCCAGGUAUGUUGCCCGUGUUCCUUUAACCCUCCUAGACCUCUAUGUAUUUUUAAAAGGGCCUGUGUCACGAAAUGUCGGCAAAUUCAGCGGUUAGGAACUAUCCGCUAAACUAGCAGUUUCGAUUUGAAAGUAAGUGGUGGCAUCAGAGCUGAAAGGCAAUAUUAUAAUACGAACAAUACAGAAAAGCAGAAAACCGGGGUAUCUGGAGAAAAACCUCUCGGAGCAAGGGAGAACCAUCAACAAACUCAACCCACAUACAUGUAUGGCGUCGAGGCCGCGAUUUGGACGCGGGCCACAUCUGUGGGAGGCCAGUGCUCUCACCAUUGCGCCACCCUUGUUAAGUGAUGAAUACCGAGGAAUACAAAUUAUUUUUAUGUGUUUUGCUGCUCCACUAUGUCAACAAUUUUUGCCGAUUCGCAGGGGGCGAUUUAAAAUGAGAAGAUUUCGACGCAAGGAUAUCAACGAUUUUAAUGUGGUGGACUCGGCAGUAGCCUGCGUAGCAGGUACUUGUCAACGCGACAGUCAAAUAAUUUUACAGUUGAGGUUGUGUAACAGACAAAACUGGAGUCAAAUAAGAAACUGAUGCAGUUUCAAACAAUCACCGGGGGCGUUUAAUUGGAAAAAUGCGGUAUUACAAUAACAGGGUUUUUUUUUAGCGAUAUUGUGUUUGUUCUCUUAGCUUCCACCCAGGCAGUGUUUUUCAUGGAAUCAAUGAUGGAACACGUAGCCAAAGAACUGAAGCUGACACCAGAGCAAGUCAGAAAAGUGAAUCUGUACCAAAAUGGCCAGGUAGGGUUAAUGAUAAAGUGUGGUUAUAACUAAUAAGAGACGCGAAAUAAAACAGUCAUUAUUUAAACAACUGCGAAACCUCCCUAGCGGCGAGGAACAAGAAGUGACGGCUGUAUUCACAGGGUAAAAUAUAUUUGCGGCCUUGUAAAUAUCCUCUGCUUUCAAAGACACUGAGAUAAAACAAACAAAAAAGAAUUAAAAGCAAUUUUGUUUUGCUCUGAGGUGAAUUCACUUUCGAGCUAGCCAAUCAGAGCGGGCAGAAAGCGCUAUUCGCGAAUGGGUAUACAUUAAACAACCAUAUGAUCCGAAGCUAGACCUUUAUUUUUCCUUCAAGGCUUUUUUAGAAAGAAAAUUAUAUUGACCGAAAUAGUUAUGAUAUCCCUUUUGGAAAAAUGGACGUCACUGAAACCGACAAAUGGCUUGAGUUGCUCAUAUCAUUGUACGAUAUAACACCACUGUUUCUAUGUUAUUCUACAGGAAACGCAAACGGGAGAGACACUCAAAUACUGUACCAUAUCUACACUGUGGAAUGGUAAUUUUUGUUGUAGUAAUAAUAAUAAAUACAUGAGGUAUAUAUUACUCUGAAAAAUUCGGUGAACUCAAAGCAGUGCCAGAGAUGCUUACAACAAGUGAAGACAGGAGGCUCCUGGUCAAGACUAAGAAUACAAACCCUGACUCGACCGCAGUCGUCUCUUACUAUUUGCAAGCGGUCAAGGAACGGUCGCGCGAGACUGUUAUGGCAAUUGUUGCGAAGGGCUUCCCAUCAUCUCCCUCACUUCUCUUGACCGCGCGUCUCUCGUUAUCAUAACUGGAGACGAGUCAGAUACAAACCCUGGAUUUUGCAGUUUACGCUUUUAUGAAGGCAUUGAACAUCUCCUACAGCUACAAAUGGUUCACUGAGACAGACGAUAACUGAUACCGUGCAGGGGCGGAUCUAGGGGGAGGGUGCAGGGGGUGCGCACCCCCCCCCCGAGAUGACCUGCGGUUUUCUAAUACAACUGGUAUUCUGCAAAAAAAACUAUGUGGUUUAUUGGUGUUGAAGUAGAGCAAGAGACGAGUGCACCCCCUCCUAAAAAAAAUCCUGGAUCCGCCCUUGCCGUGUCUACCUCCGUCAUUUACUAUUCACUUGUUCAUCGCUUUGCCAUCAGAAUCAGUUUGCCAUCUUAUGUCUUUGGUGUUGUGUACUAGAGCUGGUCAUUUAUUGAUACUGUUUCACUUUACAUUUGAAUAUUCAUACUUAAGUUCUGUAAGUAACUUCCGAAUACCAAGGACUACUGCGGUUUGGUUAAUUAAAGAUACAAGGAAACACUACCCCUCCCCCCCAAAGAAAAGCAUGGUUGGUUUUGUAAAGUCUUCGUUGAUGUACACAAGAAAGUGUUUGAGAUAAAGCUAAUCACGUUAUGUUGGUAGAAGAUGUUAAAAGGUAUUGUUUCUUUUCUGCCAUCUUUUUAGAUAUUCUCUCGACUAGCGACUUCCAGAACAGAAAGACUGCAAUCGACACCUUCAACAAGGUACAUGAGCGUUUAACUCUUCUUCAAGAGCCAGAUUAUUUUAUUUUCAUAGUAUUUAUUUCAGUCAAGUGAUAAAUAAAUGAAAACUGCUUUAACGAGUUUAUUAUUUAGCCUCGGCAGUAUUUCCAGCACAAGGGCUAAUGGAGCCGCGCAAAUGUCUGAAACAAGUGAAUCAAAUAGUUCAUAUAGUUGUGGUAUGUUAAGAGGUUUCUAUCCAAUCGCAAUCAUUCCCUCCCCUUUCCCGUACCCCCCACUUUCCACAGCCUUUGGUGGUCAACUGAACCCGUUUCUUUUUAGAACAAUCGUUGGCGGAAACGUGGAAUAAGCGUGGUCCCUUUGAAGUACGGAGUGGCUUACGAAGGAUCCAUGUUUACUGCAUUGGUGUCAAUAUUCCAUGCUGACGGCACAGUAGCUAUUUCACACGGAGGCAUUGAAAUCGGCCAAGGAAUAAAUACUAAGGUAGGGGCAGUUGAUAUUACAAUGUAGCCUAGAUUACCCUAGAAAUCUGCUUUUCCUUGAGAAUUUUCUCGGAGCGAGGUUGAUCAUCUGGCCAGAGAAAAACGAAAAUUAGGAAAAUCUAUGAUUAAAUGAACAAAUACUAGGAAACCGAACAUUUUCACAGAAAGCAGAAGCAUUCAAUGUAGAAUUUCUUGGCGUGACACUUUCUCUCAACAAAAGAAAAAUGGAUAGUCGGAGGAUGGUGUGAUAGCUAUAUGGACCGAGGCGAGUCUUACCAUGCUGGGUUUUGCCAUUAUCAUGUUUCUUAAAAUUAUUGACAAUUCUCUAAACAUAAGCGAAGAAAACUUGGAUGGCUGUGUUGAUCCAUUCCAGAAAACACGUAGAAGUUCGUUCUUAUUUUCUAUAUGUGACCCCUACUUUUCUAUAUUAUUAUUUUUUUAUUAUUAUUUUUUUCUUGAAUGUUGCAGGUAGCUCAAGUCGCAGCUUACAAGCUGAAUUGCCCCCUUGAGAUGAUUGCCAUUAAGCCAACUGCAGCGUUUACCAAUCCAAAUAGUAAAUACAAUAUAAUGAUCAAUUAACCUUAACCCUGUAAGACCUCACGUAAACCUGCAAAAAACUCCACGCCAUUCUCCCUACAUUCUGAAAAUGAGUGUUAAUGACGAAGAUUUGUGCUGAAGCAAGAUACUUUACACUCGAGAUCUUUUCUUUUCUAGAGCGUUUUCAAAUGACAUCACAUCCGCCAUGUUGGUGUCCCAAACCAAUAACAAGGCGGCCAUCUUGGUGUUUUAAACCAGUCCUGUGGGAGUUCAACCGUUUUCUUACGAAAAGACUUUCUUUUGUUCCAGUAAAUUGAAUUUACAAUAAAUUCCAAUAAACUGCUGGCCACGUAAGUGAAAAAACUCUGUUCCCUGGACUGGUGUUUGACUCUGCGGUAACAAUAAAAGUAUAGGAAAGGAGCUGGCAGUGUUGUAAAUACAUAAGGGAGCUUGAAUAUCGUUUAAUAUGUUUUUGUUUCCCAGCUAACGAACUGAGAACUUUAGUACAGUUUACAACCAGUAUCUGUUCUCUGUUCUCUGUUAAAAAUAAUUGUUGAAAGCUAGGAAAGAGAAAAACAUAGGAAAAGAGUAAAAUAAAAGUAUUACAUACCAAAGAGGAAGGCUGUUGCUUAAGAAACAAGCGAUGGGCGUACACCUUUAAUAUAUCUUGUCGUGCUGCUUCUAAAGUGACACUGAAUUGUUUACUUGUAGGCGGGAGUACUGGUGGAAGCAUCACAAGUGAGCUGUGCUGCAGGGUAAGAUAACUGUUUAUGAUGAAAGGCUAAAAGGUUUUAGAACUCACUUUCAAAAGAAUGACAGAAAAAGCCGCAUUUGCACUGGCAACUUUUCCUUUACAAUUUGAAGCCAAAAGAACUCGGGAGAGUCGGGGGAUUAUUACAACUUUUUCAAGCUUUAGUUUUCGUUUGUUGUCGUUGUUGUUGUUGUUUUUGUUAUCGGCUCGAUACCCCAACAACAACAACAUAACUUUAUUUAUACUCGAAUUCUAGAGUAGCUAACGAGCUAAUAUUUUCGAGCUGACAAAGCUCCCCCCUCCCCACACGAUAUUGUACUCGUUGAACAAGUAUUUUGUUCUUCAGACCGUCAUGGGAUGCUGCGACAUUUUGAACAAAGUUAUUGACCCAGUCAGAAAAACCAUGCCAACCGCCACAUGGCCUGAACUGAUCGCAAAGUGCUACGAGAAUGGACUGGAUUUGUCGGCCAAAUACAUGUGAGUUUUGAAAUAUCAUUGUUAUUCAUAGCGUGCAUUAUACACUUAAUGUCAGAUCCCAAGGGAAACAGUUAGUUUUGUUUUCCCAAGAGUCCUGAUGUUUCCCGAGACGAAGUCGAGGGAAACAUCAGGACUCGAGGGAAAACAAAACUAACUGGUUUCCCGAGGGACCUGACAUUAAGUGUUUUGUUAUGUUUCUAGACUUUCACUUCAACAGCAACAAAAGAAUAACCGGAGCGAACCAAAACAGUCGACUCGGUACUUAUAACAACACAAAUUUAAUUCUCAAAACCACUGAAUGAAUGAUCUACAAACAAAAGUACUUUCCUCAUGUUAUCUGCAUCUUUUUCCUCCACUAGCUGCUGUUUUUCUUCUGGGAACUUCUGGGAUAACUUUAAAAAUCGUUGCUUUUUAGCUUGAGGCUUCGUUUUUGUGUUGUUGUGUUCAUUCACGAAAAAGAAAACUGGCUGGACCUGGCGGUGUUUUUCCCGCCUUCUGUCACACCACUUUCCACCAUGCUUUGAUCACGUGCUGCAAUGUAUCCCGAGCGGGAUACAUUGUUUAAUGUAUCACGAUCGGGAUACAUUUGAUUUUAGUCAAGGCCACGUGACCAAGAAUCAACCAAUGGCAGUCCCUGUUUAGUUGAGUGAAAGUCUAGGAAUAUAACAAAAUAACAUGUACGAUUGAUUUUAUUAACGUCUUUGUAACUUGAAAAUCUCUUGAUAAAAUAUUCUUUAGCAGUUCUUAUGUACGGUAUGAUAUUUUGAUGUUGCGUUGAUAAGAUCCAAAGUACCAUUUGCCUUAGCGGUGAUAUUGGUAAUGUGUAAAAAGACGUCAUCGAGCAAAUGGCCUUUUAGUCAUCAUCUCUCGGAGGCUCUCUGAAUAGAGCACUCUUCCUUCCCAUAACACCACGCGCGUUACAUAGGAGGGCCGACUAUGGACAAGUCAGAAGCAAGUUCACAUUGUAAGGGGGUAUUCCGGGAGGUCGGAAAAAUCCUUUGAUACCGUAUGUCUGCAAAAUAUUCCCCACUCCCACCCUCUGUACCAAACAAAUUCACAACCCUCUUAUCAAAGACUGACUAGAAAAUGGAUUCUUCCGCUCUUUCAGGUCAAGAAGCACGACUCCUUCGCUUGUGGCAUACAACAUUUAUGGUGCCACUUGCACUGAGGUGGAGAUUGAUGUGUUGACAGGAGAAAGGGAGAUUUUACGUACUGACAUACUUAACGACUGUGGACAAAGGUAAAAGGGUAUCAGAUAUACCGAUUAUUUUAUAAUUUUUUAUCCGCACACCAGUUUUUUGUUGUUGGCAUUUUUGAAAAUAACCGAGUUUCACUAACAAGGGUGAAGACACAACUCUGUAUUUAGGGUGGGUGAGGGGGUGGGCAAACUGCUCUUUACUUAUGUUGGAGUAUUAAAGAAGUGACUGGGGGCCUGUACAGGGUUCCCACAGUCUGGAGGAAAAUCAUUGAAAAGUCCUAACUUUUCUUCAAGGGUCCUUUCAGUAGAAGUCGUUGAAUUUUCCACAAACUUGGAUGUAGCAAAAUUAAGUGGAGAUGCUGAGCGCAAUGUUGAGUAUUCGUGUUCUCUAAAUAUGUCGGUUAGCCUUUUAGUAGCACAAAAAUGCUUGCCUACUUUUCUACCAGCAAAGGUAUCAGUAACUGUAUAAUUUCCACCGUGCACCAUCAAUUGUUAUCUCAUUAUAGAUUAACUUAAUUUCUUCAUAUGCCUGAUCAAUUUUCUAUAAACAACACUCUAUUCUAGACUAACUUUAAAUUUGCAAGAUCAUAAAUUCAUACAGAAUUGCAAAAGCAAUAAUAGUAACAAAAUCAAACGAUCAAAAGGUUUAUUAUCAUUCUAAAGUGUUCAAAAUUUGCCAUGUAAAUGAAACCAAUGCCAAACCCCACUUGUUUCUACAUACUGUCCCAGACUUUGGUAGUUGUCACUCAUUGGCUGUUUUCACAUUAGAGACGGAUUAUCCAUCUGAGACGGGUUAUUUGUUGGAUAAUUCUCAUCAGACAGAUAACAGGCCUUAAUUUGAAAAUGGAACGGUUCUCAUUUUGGAUGAACAAUCCGCCUGACUUUAUCCAUCUGUUUAUCCGUCAAUUUUGGAAUAUUUUGAAGCUGGGCUAUCCGUCUCUAGUGUGAAAACGGCCAUUAUUGGCUCCUAAAGUUUAGUCAUGCGUUUUACGCAUGAUUGCGCUACUUAGUUUUACAUUCUUAACUCUCUCAUGCAUAAAACUGAACCUGUUAAAAGGCUUCAGUUUUUCACUAUAUUAUAAUUUGAAUCUCAGCAUGAAUCCUGAACUGGAUAUCGGCCAAGUGGAAGGAGCGUACAUGAUGGGACUGGGUUUGUGGCUGACGGAGAAAAUCAUCUACGAUCCGCAGACGGGAAAAAAUCUCACUAAUGGAACCUGGGUAAAUAACAUUGUAUCAUCCCAUUUCUCCACCUUCUAUGAAAAACCAUUUCACUUUGUACAAAUCAGUAUGGUGCCAUAUGAACGCUUUAGCCAAAGUAGCACUUUGUCCAAGUCGGAAUGAUCUCAGAAUUAGUAAAGCAUCUGUAAGUAAUUUAACCCUUUCCGCACUGCUAGGCUGAUAUAAAAUUCAAAUGAACUUUCUUUGACACUACUUUCACAUUGAAAAAGUGGUUUCUGAGCGGCAUUUUACUAAAUGAAAUUGCACUAAUUUUAGCCACUUCUGGGAAUGAAAGACUUAUUGAAGUCUAGCCAGCUGGAUAGUCACGCAGUACAAUGCAUCCAACCCACUGGGACAAACUGGCGAAGAGCUUACGCCGUUGGAAUAUCGUUUCGUUGCUUGCUCUUCAUCUUGGAGUUUUUGCACCAUUUGACUGACCAGCCGCUGUUUGACUGUGUUUUGUAGACUGCGAAGCGUCUCUUAUUUUCCUUUUGAGUCACGGAGAUAGAGAGCACGUGUCCCCGCCCCAAUCUCUCCUCCUUUUUGCCAUUGAUUUGCAUAGUUUCACUUUUUCGCUCGCCGCGCUUGGCAAUGAAUGUGUUUUGAGACCAUCGUGGACUGUACGUGUGAUAGAAGUCCUUUCCUCAGUUUUCCGUGGGCAUAAGCUAUGUUUUCAAAGUCCACAUGUCAAUAACUAAUUAACGUUACACUUAACUUUCAGGAAUACAAGCCUCCCGGGUGUAAAGACAUACCGAUUGACUUCAGGGUGUCACUGUUGAAGAAUACUCCGAACCCAAAUCCACUCGGCGUCCUCAGGUCAAAAGGUAACAAAAAGGGCGGGGCGGGUUUGAUAUACUGACGAUGUUUAAGCCACUAAUUAUAUAUUAAUAUAUAGAUUUAGCCAGGGCUAAAAGCGAAGCUCUCGUUAAUAUACUUAUAAACAAAAAAUAUCAUAAAAUGGUGUGAUGCUAAAAGGCGACGGCAAUGAGAACGGCAACAAAAUCAAUAAAUCUAAUUAGCAAAAGUUCGACGUUCGGCCCAGGCCGAACAGAUCAUUUUAUGGAGGAAUUGUCGUAUGUGCUCACGAACAGUUUUGUUCCUUGUGUUCCUGUUCGCUUUUUUUUUUCACUGCCGCUCAUUUUCACCUUGCUGGCCGCUGGCAUUUCUCAUUUUCUCACCGCUGCUAUGAAAUUUCAUGUCUUUCUUCCAACGAAAUUCGCCUCUUUUGUUUUUAAUCACUCGCUUUAGCUCUUUCUCUGUUAUCCACGUGAGCGAAGACAUCAAAAAUAACGUCGAAAAUACUCGACUUUUUUGUUAUUUUUUCUCUGUAAAAGUCCGGGUGGCCCUUGGAUUUCCCGCCAAAAAAACCUCGAGUUGCUUUUAGUUUGCCAUACCUGUUGAUUGAAUUAUUUUGCAUUGGUAUGCCUGUGGUGCGGACGGACAGGCGAACGUACGGUCACGUGACUAUAAAAAUUUUUCGAAUGCAUAGGCCAGUCGCACAUCUCCCAUAAUGCACCUUAUUUGCCCCUUCAAAAUUUUGCAUAAGCAUUGUUUUCAAUUUCUCUUGGGACGGCUGUAAUACCCAGGAAAAAUGAAAAACAAAGGUUAUGGAUUUUUUUUUUUUGGGGGGCGGGUGGGGGGCAAAUAAGGUGCACUAUGGGAGAUGUGCAAGUGGAGUACAAGUAACAAAGUUUUCUUACCCAUGGUGAUUCGCUGCGCGCGCGGGGCAGGUAAUUAAUAGUGUGGUUCUUUAUGAUUACGUUGAAAUGUUCCAGUCGGAUCUUUUAAUUUAUCGCUGACAUUUUUCCUUUGUAGAAGGAAUACCUAAUGAAAGUUUACUCUCCAUUCAUUUAUUUGUUUAUUUACUUGCUUAUUUAUUCAUCCUUUCGUUCAUUUAUUUAUAUAUAAAAAAACUUCAUGUGCAACUACGAUAACUAAUAUGACCAAAAGAGUUCCGACUGUAGGAACUGUCUCCUCGUGAUGAGUCAACUCUCUUAUCCUAAGAAAGUCACCCGUACAGCGUCUCUAUAUAGUAUACAGUAGAACCUCGAAAACUCGAACUCAGAUAACUCGCAUUCCCGCUAACGCGAACUAAAUUUCCUUUCCAAUGUUCAAAAUUUCACCGAAAUUUAAGCACGAUGACUCGAAUUCCUCGCUAAAUCGAACUGUUUUUCGUUUCCCUUCAGAGUUCGAGUUACCGGGGUUCUAUUGUAGUUUAUACGUGGAUUUCGUUUAUAGUUCGUGUUUUUAUUUAUUAUUAGCUGUGGGAGAGCCUCCUUUGUGCAUGUCCUGUGCGAGUCUGUUUGCUGUGAAGCACGCUGUGGAACAGGCGCGAAAUGAGAUUGGUAAAGGAAGCGAAUAUUUUGCAAUGAGUAAGUCUAUUUUAUCCGUCUGUUUAGUGCAAUUACUAAGCGCAAAAACAGCUUCACUCAAUCGCUGAAGAGAUUCAGAAAAGUCAAAUGCUGAAACUGUGCAAGAAUUCAUACGGAGUCGUGUAAACACUACGGUAGUCUGUAAAAGAAUUUGCAAGGUUCCGAGUUAAAGGUCGCAAAGGUAAAAAAAUCGUCCGUAAAAAAAAUUAUCCGGACCUGGGUAAACGGGUUUACCUCCUCCCUCGCUUUUGCAAAAAGAGGCCUGGGUCACAGCUACCUACUGAUGUAAUUGAUUAGAUCAGUCAGUAGCCGGUCCGUUAGACACCCGGGGUUUAACAGCUGUAAAAAACAUUACCAUUAUUGAUCGGUGGGUCUGCUGUAUAACGUUUCCGAAUGAGCUUUUCAUGAACAGCAUGUUCUUUUUUUCUUCACAGACGCGCCCAGCACGAUCGAGGAUACUCAGUUAGCGUGCCUUGUGGAGUCCAGUCAGUUCACGUUGUGAGAAAACUGCCACUUAUAGCGACGAUUUUUGACUGCUUACGACUAAACGUCCUCGUUGUUAAAAUAAAAAAAGGAUAACCAGUGUCGCUUCUGAUUCUACAUUAUUAUUACUCGCGUGAUGCCAAACUUUUGCUAGAUAGAUAUGGUAUGACCGACGGAGUUACAUUAAUGUUAUAGCAGUGAAAUUUUCCAGAGAUUUUCUAACGUGUAAACGUUGUAGAUUUGGAAGGCAGCAGCGGUAAACAAGAUCCUGAGAAGAAAAGCUUGUCUAACAAAAUAUACGUUUCCAGGAAAAACAAAGAAACAAACAAAACAAAAAACGCAAAGCCGCAAGGACAAAAGUUGCAUGUAAACAAAGCCUAACACUGUUGAAUAAAGUAACUUGGCGGACUAAGAAAGCUGAAAUAUGCUAGUUUGACAGAACAAAAAAAAUUGUGAAGAAAAAGUGGUCACAUUUAAUACAGCCGCAAACUGUAAUAACCGAAUUGAAAAUCGACCGAAACUGCCAUUAACAAUUUCCAGCUUGGUUAUAACAGUUCGCAGCUGUGACCAAUAUUCGUGUUUCCAGUAUCAUAAUUAUGCUUGAAUACUUCACAAUGUCGAUAUAGCCCUUAGCGCUGUGAGUUUUUCAUUAGGUACAGAAACGACUAGGAAUAUUUGUAUGAUAUCCAUGACAAAUAAAGUGUCAGUGUAGCGGGAUUUCUUGCCGUAAGAAGUAUGUUAAAACUAUGAACAAGCACUUCUUUCAUGUACGAAACUGAAUUCUUACAUGGAAUUCUCUGAUGGAAUACCAUCGGUACGAUUUGUGCGAUUUUUCCGAGUCACAAUGGCGUAACUCAGUCCACAGAUUUUCUUAGUGGUCGAGACGACUGAGUUUGAGGGAGAUCCUUUCCUGUCCCUCUUGAUAAGAAUGAUUAACAAGGUAAUUAGCUUUAGUUGUAUCCGAUAUACUGCCAUAAUUCCUGCUUCUAAUUUUAACACAUAAGCACGUCAGCCAUGAAAUGCGUAACCAAAAGGUAGAGUUGUUUGUACAACUUGGUUAUUAUUCUAGAAACUAAGGAGCAUCUAGCCUUACCAAAUAUAACUCAGACCUUCCCUAGCG